UGACAAACUCGAUAUGAAUGGUAAAAGGCGGCAAGUUGUUGUAUUUAUUGAUUGGGAUGAAACAAUCACUUCUCAUGAUACUUUAUCAUUGAUUGCACCUCCAGACGAUAAGCAUGAAGGUGUUCCAUUUGCCGAAUAUGGAAAAGCAUAUGUGGAGGAUUUGAAGCAACAUGAAAAAGCAUGGCAAUAUCAAGAAAGUGCUUCAAGAACAGGAGAUGAGAUCAGCAUUCCAAGAAAAGGGUGCAACCUCGGAAAGGGAUGGGAAGAACAAUGGGCUUAUCAAGGCAGCCUUGAUACCGUUGAGCUAGCAUCACAAAAGCGUAUAGAAGAAGGAGGUCUAUUUCGUAAUGCUGAUCCGAAAGAACUUGAGAGAAGGGCAAUUGAUAAAGUACAAUGCCGCAAGGGUUGGUCGGGAAAUCCUUAUCCUCGUCGAAUCAGAACAGGAGACUGGGGAUCAUGGCUUCUUGACCGGCCUUUGUCAACACCACUCGGUCAUCAAGAACAAGGCAAGCCAGACUGGCAAUAUCAUAUCAUUAGUGUCGGUUGGAGCGCUCGUUUCAUCACAGCAGCUUUGAAAAAGGUAAACAACAAUCAAUUCAUGCCAACAUCUAUCUGCGCAAAUGAGAUUGAAAUAGAUCAAUGCACCGGCUUGGGAACGGGCAAAUUAACCAAAAGUUAUGAUGCACAAAAGUUGGCAGAACGUUCUUUUCGUCCCGGCGAAGGUGGUAUUCGCACCGGACAGCAUAAAGUGCGGGAAAUGCGAAGGAUUCUAGAAACAUGCACCUCAGAUCCGGAUCCGAUUACGAUCUAUGUGGGUGAUAGUACAACGGAUUUAGGUAGCUUAUUGGAAGCACACAUCGGUUUGAUCAUUGGUCAAAGUACAAGCUUAUACAACACCAUCAACAAAGCUGGUCUGGAAAAGUUCAAAAUUGCUUGUUCAGAUGGAAAGAUAAGAGAUGUUGUUGCAACUCAGAUAGCUGAGAACCAUCAACCUUGUCUUAUCAAAGUGAACGAUUGGGAAGAUGUUGGGGAAGUGAUGGAGAUUAUAAGCGAACUUAUCACAAAAUCACACAAGAGAUCGUUACAAGAAUGAGGGCGGAGCGCGUAAAAGGUAAUUUCGUCAACGGCCAAAGAAGACCAAGAUUGUUUAUAGAAGAUCACACGAUCACACUAGAAAAUGUCAAGAGUAAAAAGGAUGUUUACCCUUUUGAGAAAUGAAGGAAUGACAUUAAUGCAUUCGAAAGACACUCUCUCUGCAAAACUGCGCAAUAAAAUACGCAAGAGCAAAACCCCGCUCGGAGAAGAUGUAUGAGCGGGCCGAUACUAAUGUGACUUUACCAUGCAAGUUGAUCACACAGGAUAUUGUUUGUUCAAUUGAUUGUUGUCUGAAAGAUGAUUGAUAUACAUACAAAUUAAGUUGGAUAUCGAAUCAA